AUGGGGGGAGGACUCGGUCCCGAACUGCCUCACCCCUCCUGCGACAAGAGCCGCUGGACGGGACGGUCUCACCUGCAACGCGCGCCGCCCCGCGGCCCGCGACUGACCCGCUUUCCGGCCUGCGGGCCCCUGGAGCCCUACCUCCCAGAGCCGGCCAAGCCGCCCGCCAAGUACCUGCAGGACCUCGGGCCCGGCCCUGCGCUCAACGGCGGCCACUUCUAUGAGGGCCCGGCGGAAGCUGAGGAGAAGGCCUCCAAAGCUGCCAACUUCCCCCAGCUGCCCUUGGACUGCCGAGGGGCCCCCAGAGACCGGCCCUCUGCCCUGCAAGGCUCCCCAGGCCCUUGCCUGACCGGCCUGCGCGUCCCUCUGUCCCCGGGCCUCCCUGACUCCAUGGAGUUGGCCAAGAACAAGAGCAAGAAGCGCCGGAACCGUACGACCUUCAGCACGUUCCAGCUGGAGGAGCUGGAGAAGGUCUUCCAGAAAACCCACUACCCCGAUGUGUAUGCUCGGGAGCAGCUGGCUCUGCGCACGGACCUCACCGAGGCCCGGGUACAGGUCUGGUUCCAGAACCGCAGAGCCAAGUGGCGGAAGCGGGAGCGUUAUGGGAAGAUCCAGGAGGGGCGGAACCCCUUCACGUCUGCUUAUGAUAUCUCUGUUCUUCCCCGAACAGACAGCCACCCCCAGCUGCAGAACUCCCUGUGGCCCAGUCCAGGGUCUGGGAGCCCGGCUGGCCCCUGCCUCAUGUCUCCGGAGGGCAUUCCCUCCCCAUGCAUGUCUCCGUACUCCCACUCGCACGGGAAUGUGGCUGGCUUCAUGGGGGUGCCAGCCUCCCCCGGAGCCCACCCUGGCAUCUACUCCCUCCACAGCUUCUCCCCUGCCCUGGGGGACCACAGCUUCGAGCCCUCCCCGGAUGCCGACUAUAAGUCUCCAAGCUUGGCCUCGCUCAGGGUGAAGCCCAAGGAGCCACCCAGCCUGCUGAACUGGACCACGUGAUCAGAUGUGGGGACACGCAGACUGAGCUGCCACCCCCUUCCUGUUCCCGGCGGCUCCCACCCCACCCUGGCCUGGCUGCCAGAGAGGACUCACCUUUGCCUCCAAGCCCAGACAGAGCGGCUGGGACCCUCAGCCUCCCGCUGAGUCUUUUCUCUUAGAAUAAGGCGGGGCUGCCUGGGAGAAAGGGGCUUCGAAGCCGGUAGGACUCUUCCUACCACACACUGGGUCCCCUCACCCAAACGCUGGGCUGGAGAGAGACACUCUCCGGCUUCCCCCAGACGUCGUCCCUCCAGCUGAAAUGGCGUCACUGGCUCCUCAUUGGGGAAAUGCAGAAAAUGGGAGGAGGGCACAGGCUGAACCAGAAGUUCUUGUGUCUUCAGGGAAACCAGGACCUUGUAUGACCACCUAGGGCGGCCUCACUCCCCCUCCCCACCACCAGGGGGCGCACACCCGCACCUGGUGUUGACAGGGCCGGGACUCUGGAGAUGCAGGGUCCCCCUGCUCCAGCCAUUCCUUCCUUCUCCCUACACCCCCUCCCCAGCGUGCCGUGAGCCCUCCCCCUCUUCCAAGGGGGCAGAAAUUCAACCAGAAACCGCCAAAUGUUUGGAUUCUCCUCCAUGGAUUCGGGCUAGAGUAGACUGCCUUGGUUUACUCACUGGGCAUUGAUAAGACUCUGAGCCUGAGAUCCCAACCCACACUUUUGUAAAGAUGCUUUUGUAAAAAAAAAAAUUCAAAAAUGUGCUGCCCAGCAUAAUAAAGGUGGCAGUAUUUUUUGGA